AAACAUAAAUUGGUAUCGAUAUGACUUCAAGAAAUGCUUCAGUCACUGAUCAUACAAUGGCGUUGAGAGUUUUGUAUUUCUUGAGCUUUCUAGCCUUCUCUUAUGCUGGAAUUGUUCCAUUUUUUAAUCCUAGGAUUGUAAAUGGACAAGAUGCUAAAGAAGGUGAAAUUCCAUAUCAGGUUUCCCUUCAAGACAAAAAUAAUUCCGAUCACUUCUGUGGCGGAGUAAUUCUGAAUGAAAACUAUGUCAUCACGACAGCUCACUCCGUCGAAACUAAACAAGCCAAAGAUGUAAUAGUAGUUGCUGGCACCAUCGACCUAAAUAAUCCGAAAUCAUUACAUAACGUCGAAGAAAUAAUUAUACACGAGAAUUACGAUGCAAAUGAUUCUUGGAUUAAUGAUAUAGCUUUAUUAAAGGUAACACCUCCCUUCGAAAACUCUACAACUAUUAAACCCAUUGAAUUGCGAUUAACAAAUGUUGAGAAUUAUGAUCCUGCUGUUGUGUCGGGAUGGGGAAGACUUUGGCAAACAGGACCAAGCACUAAUAAGUUACAACGAGUCGACAUUUUUAUCGCUGAUCAUUCUUAUUGCGAGCGGCAGUACCAGGAGCGUUUUAGAAUGACGGUGUAUCAAAAUGAGCAAGUUUGUGCGUUCAACCCGUCAAGCGAUAAAGGAUCUUGCCAGGGUGACUCUGGCGGCCCAUUAACCAUCAACAAUGAACUUGUUGGAUUGGUAUCCUGGGCGUAUGGUUGUGCCGACCAAAUCUACCCCACUGUCUUUACUCGUGUCCUUACUUAUAAGAAUUGGAUUGAAUCAAAGAUCAAUCCUCCUAUCUUUUAAUUAUAAUUAAUACACUACCCAUCAUUUUGUAUAAUUUUUUAAUUAUUGGUUCUUAAAAUUGAAAUAAAAGGGAAAUAUCAAUGAUUUUGAUCGACAAA